CGCUUUGAGCUUUACUGCGGCUGGUUAUUGGCCAAACUUCGAUUGGAUGUUUCGCCCGGCCGGAUAGCUUGGUCAGCGCAGCCACUUGUGCUUGAUCGGGAAAUGCGCCCGUCGUCGACGCAUUGAUGUGCCUGGCUGUGUAUGAAUGGCAGGCUGGAACCAGCUAUUUCUCACGCCAAGGGAUCAAAGACUUGCGUUCAAGACCUCUUGCCUCCGUCACUUUCGCUUCCACAUCUCGAUUUCCUCGGUUACUACUGCCUCUUGACGAGCGCGGUCUUUCUUUGCUACAUUUCCAUCCGCUUGCUCCCACGCUCUACAUCAUGCCGCUCCAAGUUCGCUGGCCGACUUCUAGCUCCUCUCGUGGCUCCACUGGGCGACAACACUCCAAUUCGGCUCCCCCGAGCUCGGUUCCAUCGAUAGCUCAGACGCCCGACGUGCCAAUCUUGAUCCCGAGGGACGAACCUCCCCCUCAUGGACCUUUGAGCGCGUCCUCAGCGUCUCCUCAGCGUAGGCCGGCCCUCGCUUCGCCGCUGAUAAAUUUCAAGAAGCCUGACAACCUCUUUCUGAUACAUUCGAACAUCAUGCUACCAUUACCGACUCGUGACGCUAAGAUGGAGACCAAGAGACGCUUCAUGAAAUUCCAGCCCAACUGCUACCAGCCGAUGCUGCCACCAUACGUGCUCACCCAGAACGAAAAACAGGAAGGCCGUUACAAGCUCGAUGUCGACUUCAUGCUGGCUUGGGCUUGCAAGCAUACAGACCCGUGCCACUGCAUCGUCAAAGGAUCAGACCUGCGCGAAGCUGUAGAAUUGCAGCGCGAUUCGCCCGAGGGAAUGGACAUCCUGCUAGACGCUUCUGAUGAAGCAACAUUGCGGGAUCAGGAAGGAAGGGCCAGCGUAGUGCCUUCCGCCGAUCAGGCGUCACACAGUGCACUCGGCCUCGUACUCGAUUCAUAUCUCUCUGGACCCGACGAGCAAACGGCUCCCACCAGGUCACCGACGUCGCCCAGCGCAGCUUCGAUCCUUCAAAGCUACUUUGCGACUCCCCGGGCGCACUGGAAUGAGCCAACCGCCACACUCGGCACCACUGAUGUGGUCUCGCAACAAGCCGAUGUUUUGGAGGAUCACGAAAUCAGCUCUACACCGUCAGCAGAGCCAUCCCAGCUGACAUCGCCGUCAACGGCUUCAUCCUACAUUAUAUCGCCCGAGGUCCUCGCCAGCAUGCCCCUGCCUAGGUCCGAGACCACAUCACCUCGCUCCACAAAGUCGCGCCGUCACUUUUGCGUCGCCCUCAAUCGUUACACCGAACUUUGCGGAGCGGAUUGUCUUUUGAGCCCUGCUUGUCGAUCUCCAUCACGCAUGAACCUAGAAGCCGACCGCGCACAGGCUCGGGUCGAACGCGUGCGCGAGCAGAACAAUGAAAGCAGAGUCUCUCUCACCCCGCAUCCAGCGCCAAAUCCAGAGCCCGCGAACAGCAGCACGACGGACAUCUAGUGAAGGUGAAACCAUACCUUGCGUCCCUCAGUAGGCAGUCGGCAUAGCAGGCCUGACCUUCUCACGCGGCUCAACGUAUGAAGUAGACGAUCCAUGAUAGUGGCUCUACUUUCUCGCACAUUGUUCGUCCUCCGAGCUUCCUCACGACCGGACGAUGUUUGGCCUGAAACUCAGUCGACGUAUGGAACCGCAUUUGCCCAUACCAUGCGAGACCUCAGAAGCAUAUGUCUACUUGAAUUCGCGUGUGAAGGGUGUAAAGAGUGCGUGCAAGCAAUGUAGAGUGACGUUUUUGACAGCGUGACUGGCAAGAAAUAGCGCAUCGGAAGAGUAGGAGGCCAGCAGAUGAUAGCAAAAGGUGAUGGAGCAGAAAUGACUAAAUCUACUUGA